GUUGCUGCGGGGCUCCGAUGCUCGACUUUGGGAGUCCGAGGAGUGGCAGCCGUUGUACCGCGACUGGUGCGACGGUCUGUCCUUCAAUGCUCUGAUCAAGGGCGCUGCCUUCUACGAAGGGCCCGCCUUGGUCCUGAUCCGAACGCCUGACUCGGUGCUCGGAGCCCUAUCAACGUCCUGGGUCGAGGGAAACGGCAAGUUCGGCGGGUCCAUGGAGAGCUUCUUGUUUGCACUGCAGCCUGCCUUCGUCCAGUGCAAAAGCUCAAGCCGGACCGGGAAUUACGUGUAUUUCAACUCGCGGAACAAGCACUAUCCUCGAGGGCUCGGCUUUGGCGGACAGCUGGGGUUCUGCAGGCUGUGGCUGGAUGCAGACUUUGAGGAUUGCUACGUCCUUGAAUCCGACGCGACUUACGGACCUGGAAGGCUUCUUCCCUCGCAGGGAGGCCUUCAAACUCGCUUCGACGUUGUCAACGUCGAGGUCCAGCUUGCGGCUACACGAGCACCUGGACGCACGCAGAUGUCAGGUGUGGGGAUGCGGAGGCUGCCAAAGCACAAGCUGCACGACGUGAACGCUUGGUGCGUAGCUGGCCAGAUCUACACCUUCGAUAAGGUGCCCUUGCCAGAGCCACGAUCGCUGCACACACUUUAUGCGUUCUACGUGUUUUCCCAUCAGGAUGCACCUGAGAGGACGCUUGGCCAGCCGAUGAUGAGGUUCCACAAUCUCAUGUUUUCGGCCACGAGCCCAGAGGAUGCGGAGAAGGCCAGAGGUUACACUGGCGUGCAGUUGAGCAUCCUGCCAUACAGAAGCUUCUGGAAGUUGAUCCUGCCGGACAAAUUCUGCUCAAACACUGAGGACGUUCUUGCCGGACGGGCAAGUGAAGCCAACAAGCUGUUGACGCAGAAGCCUCUCGGAAGCUCCGAUGACGACGUGAACCUGUACUCCCACACGGUCAACUUUGAGAUGGCUACCGACUUGCCGUUGAGAGUCAACUCCACCGGGGUGUACAUCCUCGUUUUCUCGAACUGCGGCGACUUUUAUCAUGGCGAGGUCAGUGGUAGUGUCAUCGCGAAGAAUUCCUAUGGCUUUCUGCCUGGAAAUGAGUACUACAAGAUGCCAUUCUACGGAUGGCUCUCGAUAGCCUACUGCGCACUGGCAAGCGUUUGGAUGUGCCUGUCGUUGCGGUACUGGCGGGAGCUGUUCCACAUCCAGUACUGUAUCGCAGCCGUCAUCCUGCUUGGCCUAGUCGAAGCCUUCCUCCAGUGGAGAUUCUUCAUGGACUGGAAUGAGUCGGGACUCCGUGGCAGAUUCUUGUUCGUCCUGGCCAUUCUCGCAACGGUCGUGAAGUCAAUCUUCUCCUAUAUGCUCGUUCUGGUGGCAUCCUUGGGCUGGGGCGUGACACGCCCCUAUUUGGAUCAGCCAACGAUCCUCAAGGUUCAGGGACUCUCGUUCCUGUACAUCGUUCUGGACUUUGUCCGUGAAUCAGCGCUGUCUUUCAGGAACAGCCAUUCACUGUCGAUAGCUUUCGUGAUGCUGUGCUUGCUGCCAGUUGCAUUGCUUAACGGCAUAAUAUUCUACUGGAUUUUCACAGCGCUGUCUUCUCUCAUUGAGAUCCUUGCAGAGCGCAAGCAGGUAGAGAAGCUGGUACUCUUCCAGCGCCUGUGGAAGAUCUUGGUGGCAGCUUUGAGCUUGGCCUCUUUGAGCUUGCUCUACCAGCUCUUCGAUUUAUCUCGCAGCAUCAGCCAGAGAUGGCACUAUCAGUGGUUCUUUGCAGAUGGAGUUUCCCACAUCCUUUUCUGCAUGGUACUUGCAGCUAUCAUGUUCCUCUGGGCACCACAUACAAACAGCCAGAGGUAUGCCUACAAACAGGUGGAUGAUCAAGAGGGCGAGACCUCGAAGAUCACCGAAGGAAAAGACGUUUGGGCAGACGAGGGCGGCCUCGAUGAAGAAGAGGAUGACUCGUUCUGGGCAUCCACACACGGCAAAUCGUCAAAGGUCAACGCAGAUAUCCUAGGUGGUCCAACGCAGGCGGCUGCCACUAGAGCCGUGCGAAUGCUUAGCGUCAGCCGACUGCUUUCAUUGGCACCUGGAGGCCACUGA